UGCCACGUCUGAGACCGGGAGCUGCCACCGUCGCAGUCAUGGUGUCAGUAAUUAACACCGUGGACACUUCCCAUGAGGACAUGAUUCAUGAUGCCCAGAUGGACUACUAUGGCACCCGCCUGGCAACCUGCUCGUCCGACAGGUCCGUCAAAAUCUUCGAUGUGCGAAAUGGAGGGCAGAUCCUCAUUGCCGACCUCAGGGGUCAUGAGGGUCCGGUGUGGCAAGUAGCUUGGGCUCACCCCAUGUACGGCAACAUCCUGGCCUCCUGCUCCUAUGACCGGAAAGUCGUCAUCUGGAAAGAGGAGAAUGGCACCUGGGAGAAGACCCACGAAUACACAGGACAUGACUCCUCAGUGAACUCUGUGUGCUGGGCGCCCCACGACUAUGGGCUGAUCCUGGCCUCUGGGAGCUCCGACGGGGCCAUUUCCCUGCUGACCUACACCGGAGAAGGCCAGUGGGAAGUGAAGAAGAUCAACAAUGCUCACACUAUUGGCUGCAAUGCUGUCAGCUGGGCACCUGCUGUUAUACCUGGAAACCUCAUAGACCAGCCAUCGGGGCAGAAACCCAACUACAUCAAGAAGUUUGCCUCUGGCGGCUGUGACAACCUCAUCAAGCUGUGGAAGGAGGAGGACGACGGUCAGUGGAGGGAAGAGCAGAAGCUGGAAGCGCACAGUGACUGGGUCCGAGACGUGGCCUGGGCCCCCUCCAUUGGUCUGCCAACCAGCACCAUCGCCAGCUGCUCCCAGGAUGGACGUGUAUUCAUCUGGACCUGUGAUGAUGCCUCGGGCAGUACGUGGUCCCCUAAACUGCUACACAAGUUCAAUGAUGUGGUGUGGCACGUGAGCUGGUCCAUCACAGCCAAUAUCCUGGCCGUCUCCGGUGGAGACAAUAAGUGCAAGCCAGGGUCAGGACUGGCCAGCACAGACUAA